UGGAAAACAAUAUAAAUUAGAGAGAUUUUCAAUAAGGUGUCUCUUGUUUCUUAAACAAUAUAUUUAAAGUAUCUUCUUCAGCAUAAAUUACAGAGCAUUCUGGAUUUGCAGACUUGGGUUCUAGUACUACUGUGAUACUGGAAGACCCACUUGAUGCAGUGGCUCGGGUUGGAUGUCGUUGGUGGAAGAUAGAGAGCCAGUUAUUGUCCAUGCUCAUUCCCUAGUGGCAUCAAUUUCAGAGAUCACUUCCUCGUUGGUUUGCAUAGAGAUAGAACAGGAAAACUUUAUGGAAAUUGGCAGCUACCUUGAGCGCACUUCUCCAGUCAUAAUGGAGUUGCAGACUACUAAGAAUAACCCUUCAAAUGCAACAGAGAUUCUACAGGAUAUAUCCAAAAACAUUGAUCUUGCCAAGAAUCUAGUUGGGAAAUGCCUCAAAGGGCCUGAUUCAAUUCCAGAUUUGGAAGUCAGAAGCAUCUUACAAAAGCUGGAGGGAGUGAUAAAAAACAUAGGUUUGGGACUGAGCCUGAUACCAUGUUCAGCAUUCAGGAAUCAAGAAUAUGCAGAAGUUGCAGUGCGAUCUCUUUCAAGAGAGAUGACAAAUGUUCACUUUGAAAUCAAUCAUGUUCAAGCAUCAGAACCCAAGGAAACACUACAGUUCCCACCUUUAGAGCAUUUAUUGGAUGAUGAAGCAGAAAAUGACUUGUAUUCUGUUCAAGUCAACUUUUCUGCGGAGAAUCUUCAGUCUAAAGAUAUGCCACUUUCUUUUGAUUUUAUAAGAGAAUUGAGCUACACUGACCCUGGGAACCAUGGAAAAAGUAGUACCUGUUCAUUGAAGGCAUUUCCAAAGGUGGCCAAGUACAUGGAGCCUCAGUAUGCAUCCUUCUUUUGUCCAUUGACGAGGAAGAUCAUGGAUGAUCCGGUUACUAUAGAAAGUGGUGCAACUUAUGAGAGAUGGGCUAUAACUGAAUGGUUCAAAAAGUUUGAAGAUGGUUCAGAAGAUGUCAUCUGUCCAACUACCGGGCGGAAAUUGGCAAUUAGAACUCUAAACACCAAUGUAGCACUAAAGACUACGAUAGAAGAGUGGAAGGAACGAAAUGAAGCAACAAUGAUCAAAGUUGUGCGGGCCGCUUUGUCAGUAACCAACCCAGACAGUGUGAUAGUUGAAGCACUUAAAUACUUGCAACACCUUUGCAAAAAUAAACAAUACAAUAAAGUACAGGUGCGCAACAUUGGAAUGAUACCAUUGCUUGCUCAGUUUCUGGAGCACAAAGAAAAGAAUGUCAGGUGUGCAACACUGGAAAUAUUACAGUUACUGGCAGAAGAGGAUGAUGAGAGCAAGGAAAUGAUUGCAAAGACAGAUGCCAUUUCAAGAACAAUCAAAAUGUUGUUAAGUAACCACCUCCCAGAAAGGCAUGCAUCCUUGUCAUUGUUGAUCGAGCUUUCGAGGUCUGAACUGUCGUAUGAGUGGAUUGGAUCGGUUACAGGGUGCAUCCUGAUGCUUAUCAUGAUGAAAUGUAACCAUCACUGUGAUGCCUUUGCUGCAAAGCAAGCAGAUGAAAUCCUAAAAAAUUUGGAGAAUUCUCCCAAAAACAUCAAGUGUAUGGCAGAAAAUGGCCUCUUGGAACCGCUUCUAAAACAUCUCAUUGAAGGGACCGAGGAAAUGCAGUUGGAGAUGGGAAGUUACCUAGGAGAAACUGUUCUUGGGCGGGACACCAAAACUUUUGUGGCAGAGAGAGCUACUCCGGCCCUGAUUAAAAUGAUUCAUAAUGGAAACUCUCUAACAAGAAGGGCAGCUUUCAAAGCUCUAGUCCAGAUUUCAUCCUACCACCCUAACAGCAGCAUACUUGUGAAUGCCGGUAUUGUGCCAAUCACGAUUGAAGAGAUGUUCACACCGAGAAUCUACAACGAGUCCAUGAGUUUCUUGAGAGAAUCAGCUACAAUUCUUGCUAACAUACUUGAGUCUGGGCCAGCUCUCGAGAACCUCCAAGUGAACAGGAAUGGUCACACUAUGGUAUCAGAUUACGUAGUGUACAAUGUUGUCCACAUGUUCAAGAACUCAGCACCAGAUGAACUCAACGUUAACCUCAUUAGAAUCCUCCUAUGCCUCACAAAAUCACCAAAAGCAAAAUCUACCCUUGUUUCUGUGGUCAAGGAAAGUGAAGCAAGCUACACCCUGAUAGAACUGAUUGAUUCUCCUCAUGAAGAACUUGGUAUCACAUCAAUUAAACUACUCAUCACCCUUGCACCUUACAUGGGAUACACACUUUGUGAGAGACUCUGCAGGACCAAAGGUCAACCAGAAAACCUAAUCAAUAACCAAAGUGAAAGUGAUAGAAUCACUGAAAAACAUGCGGUUUCAGUGAACUUCCUAGCUAAGCUUCCUCACCAGAACCUAAAACUAAAUUUAGCCCUCUUCCACAAAAACACUGUGCCCAUAAUCCUACAAGCCAUCAAUGAAAUUCAAAGUGGAGUGAGGAUGGGAAAAUUUUCCAAUUCUUACUUGGAAGGAUUAGUUGGUGUUCUUGUCAGAUUCACAGCUACAGUCUAUGACCCUCAAAUACUCUCAUUAGCAAGAGACCACAACCUCACAUCAGUGUUCACAGAGCUGCUUAUGACAACAUCAAGUGAUGAAGUUCAAAGGCUAUCGGCAACUGGGUUGGAGAAUCUCUCAGCAGAAUCAAUAAAUCUAUCAAUACAACCGCCAGCACAAAAAAACAAGGGACCAAAUCUGACAAAGUUACACAGCUUUCUAUCCUUUCCUUCGUCGAAGGGGAAGAGAUUACAAGUAUGUCCUAUCCACAGAGGGGCUUGUUCUUCACAGACCACCUUUUGCUUGCUCGAAGCAAAAGCAAUAGAGAGGUUGUUAGCAUGUUUGGAGCAUGAGAAUGUAGCAAUGGUCAAGGCUGCACUCUCAGCCAUUUGUACCUUGUUGCAUGACAGGGUUGAUGUGGAUAACAGUGUGAGCAUAUUGAGUGGAAUGGAUGCUAUCAAUCAUGUUUUGAGGGUUUUAAAGGAACACAAACAAGAGGUAUGGCAGAAGUCCCUUUGGGUCAUAGAAAAAUUCUUGACAAAAGGUGGAGACAGAUUUGCUUCUGAAAUAUCGAAGGACAGAUCUUUGCCUUCUGUAUUGGUAAGUGCUUUACAACAUGGGGAUAUAGCAACAAGGCGGAUGGCUGAGAAAAUUUUAAAGUGUUUGAAUAAGUUCCCUGAAUUCAGCACUAUUGAGUUUCUCUCCUAGAUUAUUAUU